AUGCGCCACGUCACCGAUACACUGAGCACCGUGCUGCUCGACAUCGUGCACCUGCUCUCGGAGCCCAAAGACGUCGUCGCCUUCGUGUCGGCGCUGCCGGACCUACCGCCGGCCCUUCACGCGCUGCUCUCGCUCGGCCAGUCGAUGGACCUCACGCGCCACUGGCCGUGUUUGUACCUCGAGAACUUUCCAGUGGGGUCCAUUGACCUCGGCAUCACUGCGCUGUCCGCCUUUCCGUACGUGUCUGUGGGGCCUGCCACCAAUCUCCGAUGGCUGGCCGCGCCACUGCCUCGAUCGUCGCGCGUCUGGCUGUCGUUGAGGUCGCGCAACGAUACGGCUCUGGCGUUUGCGCGUGUUUGGGGCGACCGCGUCCGGGACGUCUCGGUCGCGACGAAGGAUGCAGAGUUCUCAGCUCACGUGCACGAGCUACUUGACUUGUGCCACUACAUCGAGAGCGCCAUGGUCCGCUUGUCCGAUCCAGCGAACGCAGCGCUCUGGAUGUCGGCGCUCGCGCGACCAGCGUUUCCGUUGCGCUCGCUCAGCUUCGAAUUGACGCGCUACAAUUCCGGUCCGGUAGACGAUUGCAUGCCGCUCCGCGCGCGCACUCCUCGCAUCGCCGUCGCUUAG